AUGCUUGGCGGAGCGGGAAGCCACCAUGAGAUGUUUGUUGGUGAAAUUACCACCGAACAACAUCAUCAUCAAACAUGUCGUCCAAUCCGAACGGCAAGCGAGUGUUUGAUAACAAUGGUGCGAAUGGUGACGGGAAGCGCCUGGCAAUCACGAGCCAGGCCUGGCACACGGCGGCCAACGACAGGUUGGUCGCACUACGUGCCGAGGUGGCAAGAGUGGAGGCUCGGCUGCGAGCGAAGCGAAUCCCGUUCCCACCGAGGCCGGGCGAGGAGGAAGAGAAGUGGAUGCACGAUGUGUUGGUCCACGAAGGGUUUGGUCAACGUGCGACCGCUGGUGGCAAUGCGCCACCAGCUGGCCGUGUCAGUGGUGACGAUGAGUCACCAGCACACGACACGGAGGGGGACCACGAGGUGGGUGAUGCCGCUCCGGCUGGGGAUGCACCGGUCGGGCCAGAUGGCCCGACAAUUACGGGUGAUGCCACUGCGGCUGGGAGUGUACCGGUCGGGCCAGAUGGCCCGACGAUGA